GUGAGCUUUGGAGUGCAUCUUCCUUGUGUUCUCCAGCCAUAGUUCUACACCGUGACCUCCCUAUUCCCCACUUUGUGCCUGUCACACACGCGCUCGCUCGGGACCCCAGCAUACCAUUGUUGAAGAAAAAUGAUGGAAGAAAGUGGAAUAGAGACAACACCACCUGGGACUCCUCCACCGAAUCCUGCAGGGCUGGCUGCUGCCACCAUGUCUUCUACCCCUGUUCCUAUAGCUGCAUCCAGUUCUUUUUCUUCUCCUAAUGUGUCUAUGGUGGACUCCUUGCCACCACAAGUCUAUCCUACUCCUUCACCAGCCCAUCCUCCAGUGCAGCCUACAGCACCACUACCUUUUGUGCCUCCUGUACCAGCUCCUUCGGUUCCACCACUUGGUACUUCUGGGCCACCUGCUGUUUCUCCAUCAACUGCUGCUGCCUUCACCAGUCCUCCUUUAUCCCACUUUCCACCUUCAACUUCUGCCCCGAGUGCUCUCUUACCUGCACCCGCUUCCGGUCCUCCUAUAUCAGGAUUUUCUGUUGGUACAACUUAUGAUAUUACAAGGGGACAUGCAGGAAGAGCUCCCCAGACACCUCUGAUGCCCUCAUUUUCUGCACCUCCAGUAACAGGUAUUUUGCCAACUCCUAUUACUCAGCAAGCUAGUCUGACAUCUCUGGCACCGGGAACUGGAACCACAUCAGCCAUCACUUUCCCAGAGGAACAAGAAGAUCCUAGGAUUAAUAGAGGUCAGGAUGAAGCAUCUGCUGGUGGAAUCUGGGGUUUUAUUAAGGGUGUGGCUGGAAAUCCUAUGGUGAAGUCUGUGCUUGAUAAGACAAAACAUUCAGUAGAAAGCAUGAUUACAACGCUGGACCCUGGCAUGGCUCCAUAUAUUAAAUCUGGAGGUGAGCUGGAUAUUGUGGUGACUUCAAAUAAAGAAGUAAAAGUGGCUGCUGUCCGAGAUGCCUUUCAGGAAGUCUUUGGCUUAGCUGUGGUUAUAGGGGAAGCUGGACAAUCUAAUAUUGCCCCACAACCAGUGGGCUAUGCAGCUGGAUUAAAAGGUGCCCAGGAACGUAUAGACAGUUUGCGACGAACUGGAGUGAUCCAUGAAAAGCAGACUGCUGUGUCUAUAGAACACUUCAUUGCAGAAUUGCUGCCUGACAAGUGGUUUGACAUUGGUUGUUUGAUAGUUGAAGACCCUGUCCAUGGCAUUCACCUAGAAGCUUUCACACAAGCCACACCGGUGCCUUUGGAAUUUGUACAACAGGCUCAAAGCUUAACUCCCCAGGACUAUAAUCUGAGGUGGUCAGGCCUUUUGGUGACAGUGGGCGAAGUUCUGGAAAAGAGUUUACUGAAUGUCAGCCGGACUGAUUGGCACAUGGCUUUUACUGGCAUGUCUCGUCGACAGAUGAUCUACAGUGCUGCCAAAGCAAUUGCAGGCAUGUAUAAACAGCGCCUGCCCCUUAGGACCAUGUGAGGGAAGACCUGUCUAGGAUACUGAGACUUUCUUCACUUUUAGCUUGAUGUCGUUAUACCUUCUUGAAUAGCUUCAAUGAAUUUAACAGUUUUGUAAUUUUCCUGUAGGCUGUAAUUUUUUUUUCUAGAGAGGCAUGUUAUCAUUCCAAUAGAAGAAAAGAAAUAGAUCCUUUUUAUAAUCAUAUAAUUAUACAUAUAGUUCUCAGAAAAAAAUAUACAAAAAUAUUUAUAGCACAGUUUAAUAUACCAAAUUCAUAUAGUGGAAAUUCAUGUGCAAAGACAUUUAAUUUAAAGAUGUGUACUUGAUUGUUUUGUUUUUAAAGAAGACAUAGUUAAUUAAGGAACAUGUCUAUUGAAUAUUCUUUAAAAACAUUGUUCUUUUUGUUUUUUUGUAUGUGCACAUGGCCUCAGGUCUGAUGGAGAGCAGCUUGCUCAACAAUUUACCUUAGGACACCUACUUGUAUUUAGAGAGAUGUCACACAUUUUUAUGCAUGUUUUAUACAAAGUGGGCCAAAUACAGAAUUGAUCAUUUCUAUCUAGUCAUCAUGUACACAUACAAUCUGGAAAGUCAUCCUUGUUUCCUUUUUUUUAAAAAACUAAUUUUUGGCAUUUUAUAGAUUUAUACUAUGAACAUUGGGUAAUACAUUUUAUUUUUUCAUUGCUAUAUGACAACUAAAGGGCAAAUAAUUUGAGUAUAUUUUAGAUCAGAGUAUUCAUAUUAUUUUUGUAUAAUACUGUUCAGUACUUCCAAGAAUAAAUUCUGACAGUGGCCAUUUUAUGUGCUUCCACCCAUUCUCCAAACUUUUACAAAAGACAUUUUUGAGAGGUGAUUACUUUAUUGCCUAUGAGAGGGUAUGCCUCAGGUUUUAAGUAUGGUUGCUUCUUCUUUCAUUUGCCUUAAGCACAACUUUUCUAACUGCCAUUCUGCCUUUAUUUUUUAUGGAAAUUUUCAAAUAAACUAUUUUAUAUUCAGUCUG